AUAUUAUCAUACGUUGUUGCCUUCGUGUUGCAUGAGUGGCUGCCUCCAAGUGGAUAUAAAAGUUGUUCGCACCCCCAAGUUUGUGUCUUGUACAAGUCUUUCGUUUACCACUGUUACUAUGUUUCUAUACUAACGAACUUUGUUGUAGUUUUCUUUUCAUGCCAUGUAUUUGCUGCAGCACUGAGACCGGUAAUAAUCUGUUCGCUUAAAUUAAAGGGGUCAAGUGCAGGCAAACAAAAAGAUUACCAAACAAAUUACACGAGGAUGAGGUCGUUUGAAAAGUACAUGUACAUAUGUAGUUGCGAUAUAAAGUGACAUUUUUUGGUUUAGGCUGUGAGAUUUUGUACAAAUAAAACCUUCGAGGACAGGUUUACUAAUAUUUUUGGUAAACUAAAAACGUACAUUGUAAGAAUACAUGUUUAAAAACAAAGUAAUGUAAUAAACUAAAAAACAUUUUUCAUAAAUUAAAUAAAUAAAAAAUAUUUUUCAUUAAAAUAGCUAUUAGAAAUGUAAUUAAUUCAAAUAACGUGAUUGAAAAGUGCCCCUAAAUUGUUUAAGUAUAAACAGAAAGCUUUUCAUCGUUACAUUACCAAAUUCCCCUGAAAUAAAUCAAAAUAAAAAAAAGUAGAUCAAAAUUAAACGCAGUCAACAUUUUCGACUUAGAAUUAUUUUGAUUAAAAUUAGAUACUGACAGAAUGAGAGUUAAUAAAAAUGAUCUCUAGCGAUACUAAAAUUCUAGAAACAAAUAAAAAUUAUUAUUCAAUCUGUAUUCACUUAAAAAAUAGUCUUCAUUUGACAAAUCAGUGUAAUUCCAAGCAAAAAAAUUUCAUAAAGUCAUUGACUGAACAGGAAACUAGUUUUAAAGAGGAAGUUAAAGGUGACAAGUUACUAUAAAACUGUAAUAACAAAUAGUAGUAUAAUCAAUAUUCAAUCACAUAUUAUUAAAUAUUAUACUGAUAACAAUAGAGCAAGUUCCAUAAACCAAAACUGAAAACCAAUUAAAUAUAUAAAUCAAUAGCGAUCAGCAAACUGUAUGCAAAACCAAGGGCACUUUGACCAGCAAAUACCAGUGGCUCUUCACGCCCACAAGAAACGACCAUUUACUUAAAAAUAAAUAUAAACAAAACGCGAGCAAAGUCACAUAAACAAUAAAAACUACACGUACAUUUAUCUUAGCAAUUAUCAGUCUCCAAACAGUUGCUGCGAAACCCAAGCCGUCAGCAUGUCGCAACAGUGGCUCUCAAACUGUGCCAGACAUUUAAUUUGUUUGGCGGGGAUCUUGCUCUUUGCCGCUCACCUGGCAAACGCCUCCAGCCAGAUCGAUGUGGAUGCGGAUCUUAGGCACAUGCUGGGCCGUUGCCAUACGACAGACGAGGACUUCAACGAGUGCAUGCGGCAGGUGUUCAACGAUCUGAGGGCCUACUUUACUACAGGUGUGCCCGACUACAACAUCAAGCCCUUUGACCCACAUCACUGUACCUAUGUUGAGCUGCGCCGAGGUGACUCCCAUGGUCUGGGCAGCUUUCGACUCAUCUUGCGCAAUGUCUCCGAGUUCGGAUGGGCGCGAUCCGAGGUGACCAAGUUCCAUGCCGAUCCCGAGGACAGGCGUAUUGUCUACACUCAGUAUUUCCCGGAUAAAAGUCUGGAGGGAGAGUACGAGUUCGCCGCCAAGAUGCUGGGCACGGAUAUGAACCGAAAAGGCCACUGGAACCUCACACUCUACGACUACAGUCAAACCACCAGCGUGCGACGCAUCGGGGACCCGGGCUCACUGAUCAAAGUCCACGUCGAGGUGGAUCGCAUCGGCGGAAUGGAGCUGCACAUUGAGAAUCUGCUGCACGGACAGCCACUUAACCAACUGGCCGAUGGCGUUAUCAACAGCAUGUGGCAACUGGGACUGCCGUUCAUCAAGCCGAUGAUUAACGAGUUGGUCAGCACAGCAUUUACGGACAUUUUCAACGAGUCCUUCCGAUAUUUUCCCCUCGAGAAGUUCCUCGCCACGUGACCUCAUCUAGCUUAUCG